AUGGCGGAAGGCGAGCAGAGCUUAAGUGGUUGGAUCGGCAGUUGGCUCCAAACGGCUAAACAGAAAGUAUCAUUCAGUCAUGUAGCAGAGAACUACUACCCUGAUCCCAAAUUUUCAACAAAUGCUUUUGACUUUGUAAAGCGUGAUCUGGCAGAGUUUUCUUCGGUCAUCCAAUCAGAUACCAGCAAGGCAGUCUCCAUGACUCGAUCUACAAUCUCAGAAAAUUUAAAGGCCGAGAAUGCUGCUGUGGCUAAAAGUAAGGUUCAACAAGGUUUUACUCAUAUUCUGCAAGGAAUCUCCAAGGCACUGGAAGUUAUUGAUGUUGAGGAUACUGUCAAUGACCCUAACCAAACCAAAACAGCUGUUUAUGACAGGGCUCAGGCCAGACUUCGUGCUGUUCAAGUUGACCCCGGUACUUACUGUCAUUCUCCAGUUUCUUCAGAGAAAUUUGCAGAGUGGCUGAAAACAUUUGAUAUGGAAAACCAAAAGGGUGAUAUAUCUGAACUGCUUGUUUCAAAUGCUGAAAUUCGAGCUUUGUACACCAACUUGGUUCCAACUAUGGUUUCACACACAGAAUUUUGGCAACGGUAUUUCUACAAAGUUCACCAACUGCAACAAGAUGAAGCCAGAAAAUUGGCCUUGAUGAAACGUGCUGAUGAAUGCAAAGAUGAUGCCUUCUCAUGGGAUGAUGAUGAAGAUUGGAGUGCAGAUGAAGAGUUAGAAAUUGUUGAUCAGACAACACUAGCUGAGUUGGUGGACAAAUUUGAUCAAGGUGAACCAACUUCGAGCAAACCAGAUGUGAAUGAAAACACAUUUACCAGGGUACCAAAAGUAGCUGAAGAAACCCACUUUAGGAAGGCAGUAACAGUUGAGCAGGAAAUAGGUUCAACUGCUUUGGUAGAGGAUCAAGUUGAUCCAUGUCUGUCAAAUGAGCAAAAUGUAGCUGAACUUCAAGUUGAUACUGAUGGUAGUGUGCCUCAGUCUCAGACCAAUUCUGAAUCUGCGUUGGACCAGCUUAAAGAUAUUCCAGCCACAAGCAACUUUGUAAAUUCGGAUUUGCCACAGAAUGAAGAUGUGACUGUUUUUGAAAAGUCAGUUACAGAAGUUGGCUCCAAAGUGGAAUCAUCUGAAAACAAUAACACUGAGGUUCAAUCCUUGUCCUUGUCUGAAGAGAAAUCUGAAGAAACUUACACCACAAUAAAUGCAUCUGAAAGUAUCAGUUUAAAUGAAGAUUCAUUGACGACAGAGAAAGACCAUGUUGAUGACAAUAUGGUUGACAGUGCAAACACAAAUAUUGAAUGGAAGAGUCUUUCUGAGAGUCCGCUCUCUUCUUCCAUUAGUGACAUCUCUAAACCAAGAGAGCUCAAGACAACAUGUAAAGGAGAUAUGGUAGUUGUAGGCUCUUUAGCUGGGUCUCCAAGUUCUGAUACAAGUGAUAUACUCAAAGAUGUUGCCAGCAGUUGCCCCGAUGAUGAUUGGGAACAAGAUUUUGAUGUUGAUAUCACAGAGGAAGACUUGAAGAAAGCGCAGGAAGCUGUAAAAAACAUUACAAACAAAUCCCCUCUCAAAGAACUUUACAAAACUGCAGAUGACCAUGAAGAGGAAGACUGGGAAAGUUGGGAAUGA